AUGCUGCACGAUAACCUGCCAGACGUGCCAAAAGACCAGAUUGGCUGUGAGUCUGGGAGUGGCAGUGGGAGUGGGAGUGGGAGCGCAUGCCCUUGUCUGACUCCAGCCAGGCUGAACGCAACGCAACGCAACGCAUCCCACCGCACCGCAUCACCACCCCCACCCCCCCCGCUCUGACAGACUAUGCUGGAUUGGUGGAAUCGCUGUUCGCAGUGGUGCAAUUCCUGACCGGCAUGGUGUGGGGUUCGCUGUCGGAUCGCAUCGGUCGCAAACCGGUGCUGCUGAUCGGUCUGGCAGGCACUUUUGUAAGCGUCAAUGCUUUCGGUCUGGCCAAAUCCUUCCCCGCCAUGAUCCUGGCGCGCGCCAUCAAUGGUCUCAUGAACGGCAACAUCGCCGUCAUCAAGAGCGUGCUGGGUGAAUUGACAGACGAUAGCAAUCAAGCUAGAGCCUUUACCUUUUUGCCCCUCAUGUUCGCCAUUGGCAGCAUCAUCGGUCCUGCCAUCGGCGGCACGCUCAGCGAUCCCGCAAACACCUUUCCCCAUUGGUUUGGUCGUAGUCAAUUUCUCAAAAGCUAUCCCUACUGGUUGCCGUGCGGCGUCGCUGGUCUGCUCAACCUGUUCGGUCUCCUCGUCGGCUUUCUAUUUCUCCAAGAGGUGAGCAUUUGCGGUGCGCUUGCGGGUGCGGGUGCGGGUGCGGGUGCGGGUGCGGGUGCGGGUGCGCUUGCGCUUGCUGUCCAUCAUUGCCCCCUCGCCCUCGCCCUCGCCCUCGCCCUCGCCCUGGCCCUCGCCCUGCUGACUUUUUGCUCUUCUCUUUGCCAGACGCUGCCCUCCAAGGUCAAGGCUGCCGCUGCAAAGAGAAGCGCAGACGCCGCCUCCGCCUCCGCAUCCCUCUCCUCCCCUUCCAACGCGGCCAGCGCAUCUCAGACACCGCGCCGCCUGCAGGAGUCUGGGCAAGCAACGCCGAGGCUAUCCCACCGCUUGUCAGAGCCCGAUCUGGUCCGUGCUUCGCUCAGCAGAGCUUCCUCAAAGCUGUCACCUCGCGCUUUGGAGAGUGAGUUCCAUGCUGAGCGUCGUCCGCUGCUGCAGAACAGCGACGAACGGGUCUCGCACACUCAGCCUGCCGCUACAUCCCCCAUCACCGAUGAGGAGAAGCCGGCGGCAUUCAAGGAAAUCUUCAAGCCCAAGAUUCUCACCGUCCUGUUCAACCAAGCACUCAUCAACCUCAUCAACGUCGCAUACAUGUCCGCUUUGCCGCUCUUUUGCUUCACACCGAUCGAAAAGGGAGGCUUGGACUUCACCAAACAGGACGUCGGUACCAUUUUGGCUGCCAACGGCGUCUUGGCCAUCUUCAUCCAGCUCUUCCUCUUUCCCUUUCUCGAGAAGCGUCUCGGCGGACCGCAGCACGUCCUCAAGCGCAGCUUGCCCUUCAUGGCCAGCACUUUUCUCUUUUUCCCGCUCGCACAUGUGGCGGCGAGGCUCGGCAGGGCAGAGGUGUGGACCGUGCUGGGAGCCAUGCUGGUCUUCAAAUCCAUUGGUGGCAUCUCUAUCGUGAGCGGUACGCUGUGCAUCAACAACGUCGCACCAAACAGGGCGAGCCUGGGUCGAGUCAAUGGGCUGGGUCAGAGCUUGGGUAGUCUGAGCAGAGCUGUUGGGCCCAUCUCGAGCACGAGCCUAUUCGCUUGGUCCAUCACCCAUCCACAAUUCCUCGAUGGUCAGCUCGUCUGGAUCGCAUUCUUUCUAGUGAGUGGGUACAGACGCUGCGCUGUGUGUGUGUGUGUGUGCAUUUGUGGCGCCGACUGAUGAGCUCCAACUCGAUCGCAUGCCUCAAGCUCGCAUUCGGAACUUGGUGAGUCUGGUGCGGCACAAGCGCGACGAUUCUAGCGACGGCAGCUCAUGCGCUACAUGCCGCACUUCAGGUCGAUGUCGCUGCGCAUCCGAGAUGCCAACAAGGCUGCUUGGCGACACAAGGGCGGCCAGGCUGCAACAGAUGCUGCGCGCUCGACGAGCAUCCCGCGCCAAAUCUUUACCACGUUGCGCCUGAAUGCCGAUCAGGAGGGCAUAUCGUCUGGUAGGCUGCAAGAUCACUUUCCGGAGCCCUUCAGCUCCCUGCUUGCGCAGUCGCGAGCAGACGCUUCUGUGCCAGCGACCAUCGCAGCGCAUCGCCUGCAUCAGCGCAUUCCUUUUCUCGCUGCACACCUGCAACGACUGCACGACGGCUUUGAAGCGCUGCACCAGGUCGCACCAGACGUCUGGCCUGACCCAUCUUUGGAGCCCGUCAAGGCUGCUAUGGAGCAGAGUGUGUUGCUAGCAAAGCUAGACGGCGUCUUGGGAGCGAUCAGUGAGGCCAAGAGGGUCAGAGUCGCUAUGGAUCGCUGCGGUCACGUCGAGGUGGAACACUUUGCGCUAUCUCCCACGCCAGCCGUCGACGCUGCAGUUUCGGUGCGCCUCGACACGGUCGGCGUGGCAUCGAGCCUAUCAAGGGAGGCGCAAGUGCUCAUGCGACACAAGACGAUGGCUCGCAAGGUGUACGACGAGGCGAGGGAGCAUGUCGGAGCGACGCUUUUGCCUGCUGGAAAACCUGCCGGCACUUGCUUCGAUGUAUUGCUGUGGCAGCAAGAGGGCGAGGCAGAGUCGCAGCGCUACCUCACCGAAAGCAGCAUUGCGAACAUCGUCUUGGAGCUUUCUCCUACACUACGAGAUUCAAGCGAGGUGCGCUUCGUUACGCCCCACUCCAAACGGCCUCUUUUGCCAGGCUUGGCAAGACAAGAGCUGGUCAGGCGGGGCUUGGUGCAAGAGCGCGACAUUAGCAUCCAAGAAUUGCGUCGCGAGCUUGAUAAGGGAGGCAGGCUGUGGCUCGUCAAUGCGCUUCGUGGCGCUUGGCCGGUCGCUUUGGUCGAUUGA